AUGGACCCGAGAAGAGUACCUUCCUACGCUUACUUCCCCUUCCGUCGCGUAUCUUACUCUUUUCGGCGCGUCCAAGCGACCGAACAGCACGACAUCCGCGACGGCAGCAGUGGAGUCUUCUCUCCCGCCGAGAACGUGCCCUCGUAUCGCAUUCCCGCCUUCCAACCGACCGAACAGCACGGCAUCCGCGACGGCAGCAGUGGAGUCUUCAUGGCCUCGUAUCCCACUCCCGCCUCCCAACCGACCGAACAGCACGACAUCCGAUACGGCAGCAGUGGAGUCUUCUCUCCCGCCGAGAACGUCCCCUCGAAUCCCACUCCCGUCUCCCUUGCUUCUACCCCCUCCGUUGAUCCCGGGGCCUCCGCUUCCCAGGUCACGCUCCACCCCGGGUCCGUCCGGAGAAAGCGGGGGCGACCCAGGAUUCACCCUCGCCGGGUCGUCGACCAAAGGACGACCUCGUCUCCUCUGCCCGGGCCAUCGUCCUCCCUCUCCCCCGACGCGCCGCUCCCCGACCAGCCUGUCCGGAGGAAGCGUGGGCGACCAAGAGGCCGGUCUCGAAAGGCGCUAGGGAAUGCAGGGCGUAACUUCAUGACACAUGUCCUUAUAAUUGAAAGUGGAGAGUGACCUAGUAACAGUAUGAAGGUUUUACUUUUGGAAAGGAUGUGGUUCAGAAAAUUAUGUCAUUCGUAGAAAUUGCCAAGAAUGUAUGUAUUCUCUCAGUAACUGGAACGGUUAAUGGGGUAUCUCUUUUUCAUCUGGACAAUGCUGGAGGAAGUGUAUCC